UUAUCUGUUCUUCACAUAAAAAUUUCAAUUUUUUAAUUUUUUUUCAAAUAUUUAUUUUUUUUUUGCUUCAACUCGCUCUCCAUAUACCAGAAUCUUCCUCUUCUUUAGGUAGUAGGAUAUUCUUACUGUAGAAUACGGCAAUUUAGAGGCCCUGUUAAGUGAUAAAUGAAGUACCAUUAUUCUUUUCUCAAUUUAGAGUCUAUCAGUCAUCGAUGGUUUUUACGUCGUUUUAAGUUAGUGCGUUCAAGCGGGACAACCUUCUCAGCCGAUUGGUGAAACACCUCCCUUACAUAAUUAUUUCUGCGUAACUUAUUUAGGAACGGGCAUAAUUUAUUUUAGUUGGCCAACACAUUUUAUUUAGAAAGAACUCAGUUUCGUUUCUUUUUUUCUUCUUUCUUCUUUUUCGUACUUUAAUUUUUCGACCAACAUUAUAUGGUACAUACAGCCUUAGAUACGUUUUUUGUUUCAAUUACUUAGAUAAAAUAAGUACUAAGCUUUUAAAGGAGAAAGGAUCAUUUAGACGAUCCGCGUUUUAUUAUUGCACUUGUCUAUAGUAGCGAAGCUUCUAUGAAACUGAAUUCGCCGAUCUUCAAAGAGGCCUUAUUCGGGUUUACGCAGGCAGUCAGGUGAAAGGGGGGGGGGGGAUCAGACGGGGCCAGCAAGAGAGCAGCGUUUGCUGGCACUGGGCCAUGUAAGGAGUUGUCUAACUACUGAGUUCUCCCAGCUGCGCCUCAGCUAAAUCAAGGUACAAACAGGUUCCGUGUAACAUGUGAACAGAGUAGUUCAAGCCGUAACUGUGCAGUGUUUCAAGUGGUAACUUCAAUUGGCAAUAUGAGAUAGCUUCUGCCAACUCUUGCAUAUUUUUCUUUAAGCAAACCAAUUGUGGCACAUGAAAAUUACAUCAAAGAUGUCGAUGCCUUCGUACGUUCUUAUCGGCGCGUUUGCUAUACUUUGCGCAUUACUGUCACUACAACAGCUUCUGGAUCUGCCGUCGAAUCAGUGUUCCAUGACGUAUAUGCCGGUUCCGCCACAGUACAUUGAAGUUGAUCUGAAUGAGAAUGUGACCAAGAAAUUUCCUCGUUAUAAAUUGCUACUCUAUGGAGAAGGUGUGAUAGCUCGGGAGUUGCGCAGAUCAGUGCCGAAUGGCAUUCCUCUCGUGUUCAUACAUGGCAACGCAGGAAAUCCGGGCCAAGCGCGGUCUAUUGGCUCAAUCUUACAGAUGAAGGCCGAAACGAGAAACAGGCUGGGUUUACCUAUUUACUCGGUUUACACGAUCGACUUCAACCAACAGGAAUUGUCCGCCUUAUAUGGGGGAGUACUUUCACAACAAGCAGAAUUUCUUUUGGAAUGCCUUCGCGUAAUAAGUAAGAACUGGAACCUUAUCCAUCCACAUACGGCUCCUCGAAUCGUAUUAAUUGGUCACUCCAUGGGCGGGGUGGUCGCUCGCAGUCUGUACCUUCACCCUGACUUUGACAGGAGUUUAGUCGCACUACACGUAGAGUUGGCCAGUCCCUCUCGACGCCCGGUAGCGUACCUGGAUCGCAGUCUGUGGGAGUUUUACGAACGGAUAAACCAAGUAUGGUUGCAGGUCGGCCAUGUUUUACCCCCUGUACUCAGCGUGAUGGGCGGGGAACGGGAUCUUCAAGUCCGUGCAAACUUAGGAGACUCUCCUCAAGGCCUACGAGUGCUUUCUGAGUCGGUUCCACAGUGUUGGGCUUCCACCGAUCAUCUGUGCGUUGUCUGGUGUAAGCAACUUCAACUGGCACUAUCACGAGCUUUAUUCGAUAUUGUUCAAGAAGGCUCUAUAAUAGAUGACCGUGACCGUAUCAUUAAGAUCCUAAAUUAUCACUUUGUUCGGAAGUUUGCCCUGCAUAAUUCACUUCAGACGCUACCAAGAUUGGCACGAACUGUCGCGUUUGCUCAGGGCCGUGAAUGGCAAGAAAUGUUUGAAGGGUCCUGGCGUUAUGUUAAGAAAAAGGUCUUGACUGGUGUUUCGCUUGUUGUGCCGGUUUACAAAGAGUUAUCAAUCUCAAUCGUGGCGCAUGGCUUAGAAAACGAUGACUGGCUGUUUGGAUGUACUCGACUGAAGCGAGACGGCACGACCGUCAUUUGUUUAAGCGGCGUAGAUAUCUCCCGCAAAAAUCUUCUUGUACCAUCAGUGGCAACAAGACAGGAUGUGAUGUUCGAGACGAUAAACAGAGAUACUGGCCGAGUGUAUCAUAUUACGCCGGCUGAAAUUGUUGCUCGAAACUUUCAAGCGCUUGUGAUCAAUGUACCUGCUCUAAUGGAAGGGGCCGUCAUAUUGGGCGAAAGGUUCAUUGCCAGAAAAAGGGAAAGGACAUUUGACGCUACUGUGUUGUUCAAUGGAUUCUUUCAGAAGACGACUGUGAUCUCGAUGCAUCUUUCAGAGAAAGCCAUAUUUCAAAAAUUCACCCUUAUCGGCAUGCAACAUCUGUGGCAGGUGUACACGAUAAAGGUGCACAGCAAACUAUGCUUGGAAGGCACAAGUGGAGCUGGACUCGCCCGCUUCAAGCCGGACUGGUCUCAUGAGGAGGUGUUCUUCCACCUCCAAGCACGCGCGAACUCCAUUACGACAUUCAUCCUGCGAUUGCAUAGUACCCCAAAUCACCAAGAGAACCACAACUCAACCGUGUACUUCUACCUGGAUCCUAACUGCUCAUAUGAUGUACAUAUACAGUUUGAUCUCAAAACAGCUCUCACACAACUUCUUGUUCACCACGCCGAAGGCCUCUUGUCUUACUCUUUAGCAUUAGUGCUUAUCGUCAUCGCACGGCAGCUCGCUGACUUGGGUCAGUUGGGCAUUUGUUUCACCUUCGGCGAUUCGCUUUCACGAAGCUCGAGGUUCUUCGCUCUGACCCUAUUACCCACGUUGAUAGAAGCCAUGGUUUUCUUGCCUACAUCUCCUGCUCCAUUGGCACCGUACCUGAGUCGACUUCCAGGAACCACAUCUUCGAUGGAGGGCUGUGCUAUCCGAAUAAUGUUAUAUUCCUUAGCUCUCGGCAUUAUUUCGUUACUGGCCAAAAUACUUGAGCUAGUAUUGAACCUUUGCUCUACCUGCUACAUCAAAAUGAAGAAAAUGAUACGUCAAUCGUGGGACGAUCCGCGAACGAUACCUCAGGUGAACGAAAACGCAACAUCCAGACCACUGACAGCAACCCUUGUGGCAGUUUCAGCCUUAGCUAUCGGUGUAGGAGGAGGUAUCGGACUUGUCGCGGCAGUUGUUGUCCACUUUGUUCAGGUGAUCGUACUUUCGUGCCAGAAUCGGUUCCUUGAGGAUCGCAAGGGAGUAUCAGCCUUUAGCUCCCGUUGGAAGCUGCAGACAAGUCUUUUGCUGGUUCAGUUGCUCUGUUUACCUCUCUAUGUACCCUCAGUGAUCGUAUGGAUCCGCCAACACCUGGUGCCACUUGCCAAUGAUCCGUAUCUAUUCUCGGCGCCAGUUUGUAUAUUUUUUGCUACGGUGGUCACCCAGCCGAACGUGCCACAUCCUAAUAGGUAUUACUACAAAAGUAUGGGCUACUGUGUAUAUACUUUAGCCAUUCUAAGCGUCCUAUUAUGUAAGGAAGCCUUAUUCCGGAUGAACUACAUCCAGCUGAUAGUCUUUGGUCUCCUUUUUUUCCAGCAAAAUUUCAAGCCAUAAAUUGUUAUCACUAAUCUGAAAAUGCGACUAGGCUCAAAUAAGGUAAUGCUUGUUUAGCGGAGAAGUUACGUAUUUUGCCCAUGUAAUCCGUUUAUACCAGGCGUGAUCUACACCGGCGGUCAGAUAAAUGCUAAGAUAGGUAUAAAAAGCGCCUCUGCUGUAACCGCGUCGCGAAUCUGACAGAUUUUCAUCAUUCAUUUCUUACACUAAUGUUCAUUUGCGGCAAACAUAGCCGGCAUAAUAUUGAAAGGUGUCCACGUUCCGUUGCAUCUAGUUUAAUGAAUUACAGUAUGUAACGGCAAUGUAAAGCUAUAGAUAUACAGCAUAGCUAGUCUUCCGUUAUGUAUAGCUGUUUUAAAAUUGAAUUUUAACGCUAUCAGUGGCUUAUUACUUGACUCUGAUGUUUCAAGACGGAAUAUGACUGUGUGUGUCAUUGAUAAUUCAAUGGAUACAUGACUACCGCUUACACCCAACAAGUAACCGUCAUUGUUACUACUUAAUUAAUAUCGAUAAUUAGAAUUAACUUUCGUUCGAAACCCAAGAUGUUGUACACAUAUCCUGAUAAUGUAGCUGUGCACAUAUUUAUGGGUAGAACUCUGUAAAACACAAUUCGAAAUUUAACUUCAUUCAGUUUUCAUGGGAAAAAUCAUGUGAUAAUCAAAGCUCUGUUUGAAGAGAUCUCUAAUCGAUGUUCCGAGCUUCAAUACAACCUCCUCGGGACAUGCAUCUUGGGAAUACAUUUAUUAUACCGCCAAUUGAAUUUUAAAAUAACAUAGUUUUUACAUUCAAUUUUUAAUUUACUUUUUACCAAAUAUUGAUGAAGUGAAACUGGUUUCGUGUGAAGUGAAACUGAAGGUAUCCGAAGGAAAACUGAUUCGCAACUGGUGCCUCAUCCAUAUAAUUAUGUGUGAAUUUUUAUUUUGCAUUAGAAAGUAUUAUAUAUGUAUAUAUAUAUAGGAUUAGGGUACCUACUUUCAUAUAUGUAUUAUUGCAACGGGCGAAUCUCAACCGAAACUGCCAGAACGAUACCCGGCAGACUUACGACUGGAAGUUUUUCGGACACGUUUGAAGUUUUUCGGCCACGAGGAAACCACAAUAAACCGUUAGAGUCCUUAUUCUAUAAACACAUUAUGCUUAUACGGUAUACACAGUUUGCCGAAUGACUUUUCACUUAAGCAUUAUAAAUAGAGUAAGUUAUUACACUUACUUAAUUACAUUGUAAAAAUGCAAAGUUAUACAGGCAAUGAAUUUUA